AUGGAGAAUCACGCAUCCCUAUCGUUCCAAGUACAGGACAACCAAUUAACGCAUUCGUCUCCGAAACUCAAUGAAAGCGAUGAUGUUAACAAUGAUAGUGAUGACGAACAAUUCUUAUGUGGCUAUGGCAAGUGUACACCAAAAUGGCUGCAAAAGUUUCACAAUGCUAAGUGGUUGUUAGCUGUGCUUGGCAUCUGCGCAUUUGUGCAAAGUUUCGUCGUGAACAGUAUAUUUCCAGUGGGUUUAUCAACCCUUGAAAAGCGGUUUCAUAUGACGAGUACGCAAACUGGAAUCAUAUCAAGUUGGUACGAUUUUGCAAUUCUUAUUACGGUAUUUCCAGUGUGUCAGUGGGGUAACACGGGUCACAAAGGUCGCUGGAUAGGUAUAGGUUCAUUUCUGAUGGCACUCGGUUCAUUUAUUUGUGUACUUCCACAUUACAUGGUAUCACCCUAUCAGUAUCAUGAGAUGCAGCUUAACGAAAGUGAGCAUGGCCAAUGCACUUACAGAGACAGCCUCGUACCGAAUUGCUCGAAGCAUCUUUCCGAUUCUGCCUCAUACUUAAAUCCAUAUUUUCUGAUGUUCUUACUUGGGCAAACACUACACGGUAUCGGAGCAACACCACUUUUUUCUAUUGGCACUGCAUAUUUGGAUGAGAAUGUUUCACAAAAGGCAUCACCUGUUUACUUAGCAGUCCAUUCAGUAGUGACAUCUAUUGGACCAGUUAUUGGACUUUUCGUUGGUGGCUUUAUGCUAACAAUUUAUACGGAUUUUGAUCGUGUCGAUGUCUCAAAGUUGAAGAUAAAAGAUUCGUCGGACCCGCGAUGGGUUGGCGCGUGGUGGCUCGGUUUUCUGGGCUCAGCAAUUCUUGCCUUCAUUACAGCUUUUCCGAUUUUAAUGUUUGCUCGAGAACUGCCAGAGGCAAAGAAACACCGUCUGAAAGACGUCAAUCAGGUGCAUGCUAUUUCACAAAUAAACGACAAAGAUAUCAUCGCAAAAGGGAACCUUAGGUACCUACCACGAGCUGUUUGGAAUAUUUUACGAAAUCCGACAUUUGUUACCACUAUCGUUCUGGGUAUUUUCGAAUCGAUUGUUAUUAAUGGAUUUGCUGCAUUUAUGCCAAAAAUUCUGGAGGCUGUGCUCAGCACAACUCCAACCAAAGCUUCCUAUCUUUCUUCAAUAGUAAUAUUUGCUGCAGCAGCUGGUGUUAUGUUAGGUGGAGCUUUAAUACGUCAUUUUAAUUUACAGGUCAGUGGAAUGCUGAAACUAAUAUUCGUAUGUCAUCUGAUAGCUUUGAUAUUGACGCCGUGUUUUCUAAUACAGUGUCCAGCACGUGACUUUAUCGGGAUCAAUUUAAGUUACAAUAAUCAAAGGAUAAAAGGUAUCACUGCUAGUCUGCAUGCUACCUGCAAUGCUAAUUGUUAUUGUUCGAGUAAAUGGGAUCCAGUUUGUCAUAAGGGUACUGGAUAUACCUUUUAUUCUGCUUGUUACGCUGGUUGUACCGAUUGGACACGAAAUUCAUCGGGCAUAUAUUGGGACAAUUGUGUUUGUUUCGAUGAAUUGGUAUCGUAUGCUUUGGAGGUGCAAUAUAAAGACAACCAUUUGCACGAAGGUUUUUGUGAAAAGGAAUGCGGAUAUGCUCAGUGGCUAUUUCUUAUCUUGUUAUUCUUUUCAGUAGUUGCCAGUUUUGCUACCGGAAUCCCAUCCCAACAGAUAAUGCUUCGAGUGGUACCAUUUGAACAACGCACCUUAGGUAUUGGUGUCCACUGGACAUUUCUUCGACUUCUUGGAUUUAUUCCCGGAGGAGUGCUCUUCGGUAUGAUGAUCGAUACAGCCUGUCUGAAAUGGAAAGAGGAAUGCGGGAAGCGGCAAUCCUGUUUAGUCUAUGACCCUUAUCGAUUAUCUUGGACUAUCAUGGCUGUUGCAAUAGUGUGUAAAUUAGUUUCCAUCUUGGGUACUCUCCUUGGCUACAUAACUUAUCGCCCCAACGAUCUAGACAACAAUAUAUCAGUACAAACAACCGAUAGUCGCGGACCCCUGUCACUUACUGUUAAUGACGAUCGACCACCGAAUGAAAUAAUCCGAUCAUUUGAUGGUGCAGAUUGA